UUGGUUUUUUUAAUUAUUAUAGUUGACAUUUGAAAAAAUUAAAAACUACUGUAGAUUAUAAUUGUUAAAAAUAAAAACAUCUUUUGUUAUAUAUUAGUUGUUUCAAUAUAUAGCCACAUAAUACCAAAAAAAAAACAAAAUUGUUUUUUACUAAUAAAAAUGUCACUUAAAUACGAUUUCAGUGGUAAAGUAGUUCUGAUAACCGGUUCGAGUUCGGGUAUCGGUGCUGUCACUGCUGUCCAAUUUGCCCGAUCGGGUGCCAAUGUUGUAGUCACUGGUAGACGAGCGGAUAAAUUAGCCGAAGUGGCCAAACAGUGUCAAAAUGUUUCGCCGAAACAAUUCAAGGCACUGGAAGUGGUCGCUGAUGUGACCAAAGAAGCCGAUCUCAAGCGUUUGGUUGAGACAACUAUCMGACAAUUUGGACGAUUGGAUAUAUUGGUCAACAAUGCCGGCGCCGGUUUGAAUGCACCGCUCAGUGAUCCGGGAUUUUAUGAAUCAUUUCAGAAAGUAAUGCAAAUUAAUUUGAAUUCAAUUGUAUUACUGACACAUCUAUGUGUCGAUCAUUUGGCCAAAACUCGGGGAAAUAUUGUUAACAUUUCAAGUAUUGCCGGACUUCGAGCCUUUGCAAACUUUUCGCCCUAUUGUAUGGCUAAAUGUUCAAUAGAUAUGUUUACCAAAUGUUGUGCCGCGGAAUUGGGUCCGAAACAUAUCCGGGUUAAUGUUAUCAAUCCAGGACCUAUUAAAACUGAAUUCAUUACGGCUAUGGGUUUGCCCAGUGAUCAAUCGGACAGUAUGUUUGAUGAUUUUGGUUCCCGAAUACCGGUUGGUAGGGCUGGACUACCCGAUGAAGUUGGCGAUGCUAUACUAUAUCUGUCAAGUGAUCAUUCAAAAUUUAUUACCGGUUCCCAAUUGACUAUCGAUGGCGGCACAGUUGCCUCCAAUACUAUGUCCAAUGAUUUUGCUAAAUCUAUUUAAAUAAAAAAACAAAAACA